UUGGCGAUUGUCUGACGAAGAUAGACCCAAGCGGCGCUGCAAUACACAUUAUGGGCUGUUGUCUUAUGGGUAACAAACAAGGGGAAGAGCUGCUAGCUGAACUUCAGAGGCUACUGAGUUUCAACAACGUGGUAGUCGAAAACCCGAUAGAAAUAUCCGCUAAAGGUAGUCAGCUGAUCGAGACCUACUUCGACAUGAGGCGGUAUCGAAUAUGGCGAUCAUGUCAACACAGUAGUGUGGACAGUAUAAAAUUUGGAUCGAUGGAAGACACGGAUGGAAAUGCAGCAACGGACAAAUUGCCCCGUCUGAGAUCCAACAGUGACAUGGCGUGUCAAAAGUGACGCAUUUAAUAACAACUUGUAGACGUAGUACGAUGGAUGCCUCUUCCGGGGCGAUGAAGACUCGGGACCAAACUGGACCUACCGCUCUGCUUUUGUAAUACUUGACCAGUUUGUCAACAAAUCCUCAUUGCAUUGGCAGGAAUGAUCAGUUGUCUUCUCAGUUUAUG